UGACCCGGCUGGGCCAAUGACGGUUGGGGGUUACGAGCGUGCAGGCGGAGGUCACUUUGAGGCCUCGCUGGGAGUUGGGAGAAGUUUUCUUUUUUUUAAACAGAGACGGUUUUGUUUAGAUUAAAUACAAUACAAACAAUACUUUACAAUCAAUUACCACGACAGUCGACUGCGAUGUCUGCGCGCGGCGACGGCGAGGCGGCGGAUGAUCCCAGGCAAAGCGCGCACGGAGGCGAGCAGGCUUUUCAAGCAAAUAUAGGAUAUAUUCCAACAGAAGAAGAAAGGAAAGUCUUGAAGGAAUGUAAAAAGGACAGCAUUUACCGUGCGGUCCCAUUGUCGUUGGCAGCCAUGGCUGGGACUCACUACCUGGUCUCCAUUGGGCGGCUGUCACCCUCCCCUCGUUUUGGCAGCAUCCCCAAAGUAUUUUUUGCUGGAAUGUUUGGCUACUUCAUUGGGCGCAUCUCUUACAUUGGUGUGUGCCGUGACCGCAUCUUGCGUCUGGAAAACUCCCCUCUGGCCAACGCCAUGAGGAAAGGGGGUAAACUGGGACCUGCCAUGUUCCAGGAAAAGUCCAGUGGGUGCGACACUCACUCGAUCAAACUUAAAGCAGCACCUCAUACGAGUGUGGGCUCAGAGUCUUCUGUGUCCGAGGAUGUGGACAUACCUGUGCUGGACGCGUACGUCCCUUAUGACGCAGGUGACGUCAUCCCUGCUCACAUCAUGGCUGGCAAUGAAGAGGUUGUAAUUGCUGACCAAAAGGUGACCGAAGCCUUCCCGCAACUCAAUUCUCUUGACAGUGAUCAGCAAACGCGUGCCUACCUGUCUUAUGAUCAGCUGAGGAGCCAGAACCGUGAUAACUUCGAGCAGUCACGGAGGCAGAACAUGCCGCCCACAACCAGGCCACCCCCUCGUCAACCUGACACCAGCGCAGUGAAGAAGAAUCAGUAUGGAGAUGAAUGGGAGGAAUGAUGGAUGGGAUUAAGUGACAAUUCAUCAGAUUGCAGGGCGUGAACCAUUGCAUGGCUGGAAUAUAUACAUCGCACACAUGAAUACGACCACACAUAUACACAACUACACGUACAUACACACACGUAGUAACACAUACAUUUUUAUGCUGUAUAUAUGCAAACACUUGUUAGGCAGUGCCAUACAGUAUAUCCACGUAAGUGAAUACAGCACCCCUAUGUGUACUAUUGCUUUUACAUAUGACAUGUGCAUGCAUACACCCACACAUGCGCACAUGUACAUGCACUUAAUCAUAUAAUUGCACCUCUAUAGUAUAUGCGAGGCGGUACAAAAAGUUCUGAGUCGAGUACAGAAGAAAAUAUCAGAGACCAUUUAUGUUACAGCUACCUUUGGGUAUAUUCAGACAGCUAGGGGACCAUAUUCUAGAUUGCUUUGUUUCUGUGCUUGGAUGCUGACAGUCAAAAAUCAAGAAUCGUACUGUCAUAAAAAUAUUGACGCUGAAGAAUACUAAUUGUGUAAAUAAGAGUGCGUGAGCGUAGAGCAAAUGUGUUUUAUGACAGUACAAACUUAUCUUGAAAGUGUAUGGGGACAAUGCAUCAUUAUGUGCAGAAGUUUGGUGCUGGGUUACAGAAUGUAUUUAUGGCAGUGAGAUUCUUGAAGAUAACUCCAGGUCAGGGUGGCCUGUGACUGCAGUGACUUAUUAAAAUAUCCAGUCAGUGCAAGAUGUGGUUUGAAAAACAACUGUGUUAGUGUUGUACUUUUAGCUGGCAGCUGAGGCACGAGUGUGGGAUCGGGAGAAACAUUGCAUGAUCAUAUGGGGAAUGAACAAGAUGUGGGUCCUCAAUGCUAACAUUGAGGAAAAUGCAAUUCUCAUCACAUUGAGGCACUUCCACAUCCUGACUUUCCUUCUGAUCAAGUAACCAGUGACUCGCAUGUUUGUCAAAUGGAACGAGGCUGUUUGGAAAGUGUUUAUGAUGUGAGGGAUCUGUGGAUGAACCUGAAAGGGCUAGAAGAAAAGUUAUUUCUGGAGGGAAUCGCGAACAUCUGAAAUGAUGUUUAAUGUUUUUUUGUGUACUGUGUACUAUAUAUAUUAGGCUUAACUGUACCAUUAAGCACUUCAUAUACAAGCAACCACAUUCACACACUCAUGCGCAACACAUACAAUAUAAGCAUCAAAACAUGGAAUAUAUUUGUUGACCAGAGAAAUGAUGUGAAUUGUGUUUAAUAGACAUGGAAAUAAACACUUUUAACAGUA